UAUCCAAUUUUAUUCGUAUCUCAAUGCCAUAAAGACUAUAGUAGUAUGUUUGUUCCAUUAUUGACAUCAUAUUGACAAUUCGACAAUUAAAAAGUUAUAGGAUGUUUCCGCUAUCCGUCGCGUCGUUGGGAUUUGCAGUUUGCACUUAUGAAGUAAAUUUAGCUAGAUUAUACAUGGAGAUUAAAAUCAGUAACUAUUUAUUACUUACAAAUGUUUAGUGAUUUAUAUGUGUGCCUGUGAUCAGUCUUCAAAUUGAACGAUGAUAACAAAAAUGCAACCGCAAGCAAAUGUAGCAGUGCCACAGUCUGUCACGACGCAACCCCAAGCUCAGCAAAUCGUCGGUGUGCCUGCAAAUGCUGUGAUAUUGAAAAUGUCGGACUUACAACAAAUAUCUACUGUGGGCUUACUUGAACUAGCACAUCGAGAAUAUCAAGCUGGUGAUUAUGAAAGUGCAGAACAUCACUGUAUGCAGUUAUGGCGCCAGGACAGUACAAACACAGGGGUGCUACUCCUACUAUCGUCUAUACAUUUCCAGUGUCGGAGACUGGACAAGUCUGCUCAUUUUUCCACAUUGGCGAUCAAACAGAAUCCUUUGUUGGCUGAAGCCUACAGCAAUUUGGGCAAUGUUUACAAAGAACGCGGGCAGCUUCAGGAGGCGCUGGAGAACUAUCGUCACGCUGUCCGUCUGAAGCCGGACUUCAUCGAUGGAUACAUCAACUUGGCUGCGGCUCUCGUUGCCGCCGGCGAUAUGGAGCAAGCUGUGCAGGCUUACGUUACCGCACUGCAGUAUAACCCUGAUUUGUACUGCGUCAGAAGCGAUUUGGGCAAUUUGCUCAAAGCCCUCGGAAGACUAGACGAGGCAAAGGCUUGUUACUUGAAGGCAAUCGAAACUAGACCCGAUUUCGCGGUCGCCUGGAGCAACUUGGGUUGCGUUUUCAAUGCGCAGAGUGAAAUAUGGUUGGCAAUUCAUCAUUUCGAAAAAGCUGUCGCAUUGGAUCCCAAUUUCUUAGACGCGUACAUUAAUUUAGGAAAUGUACUAAAAGAAGCUAGAAUUUUUGACAGGGCCGUCGCCGCAUAUUUGAGAGCCUUGAAUUUAUCUCCCAAUAAUGCCGUCGUGCACGGCAAUCUGGCCUGCGUGUACUACGAACAAGGACUGAUUGACUUGGCCAUCGAUACUUAUCGACGUGCCAUCGAAUUACAACAGAACUUCCCGGACGCGUAUUGCAAUUUAGCUAAUGCACUCAAAGAAAAGGGACAAGUGACUGAUGCUGAAGAGUGUUAUAAUACCGCGUUACGUCUCUGUCCGUCUCAUGCAGACUCCCUCAACAAUCUGGCUAAUAUAAAACGGGAACAAGGCUACAUCGAGGAGGCUACACGUUUAUAUUUAAAAGCAUUAGAAGUGUUCCCGGAGUUUGCGGCGGCGCACAGUAAUCUGGCUUCAGUGUUGCAACAACAAGGGAAACUAAACGAAGCCCUUAUGCAUUACAAGGAAGCUAUACGUAUUCAGCCGACCUUUGCCGAUGCGUAUAGCAACAUGGGCAAUACGCUAAAGGAAAUGCAAGAUGUAGCCGGUGCUCUGCAAUGCUACACAAGGGCGAUUCAAAUUAAUCCCGCAUUUGCGGAUGCUCAUAGCAAUUUGGCCAGCAUCCACAAAGAUUCUGGUAACAUUCCUGAAGCUAUACAGUCGUACAGAACAGCGCUUAAGCUUAAACCAGACUUCCCAGAUGCGUAUUGCAAUUUAGCCCACUGUUUACAAAUAGUGUGUGACUGGACGGAUUAUGAGGCUCGAAUGAAAAAAUUGGUCAGCAUUGUCGCCGAGCAGCUGGAGAAAAACAGACUGCCAUCAGUACAUCCGCACCACUCCAUGUUGUAUCCGCUGACACAUGACUUUAGGAAGGCCAUCGCCGCCCGUCACGCGAACCUUUGCUUGGAGAAAGUGCAAGUGUUGCACAAAACCCCUUACAAGUUCCCUAGAGAUUUACAAGGCCGCCUUCGUAUCGGGUACGUAAGCAGCGAUUUCGGUAACCAUCCGACAUCGCAUUUGAUGCAAUCGGUACCGGGUUUGCAUGACCGAACAAAAGUGGAAAUAUUCUGCUAUGCCCUCAGUCCGGACGACGGAACAACGUUCCGAUCGAAAAUCGCCAGGGAAGCGGAGCAUUUUAUCGAUCUAUCUCAGAUGCCUUGUAACGGCAAAGCAGCCGAUAAAAUAUACGGAGACGGUAUUCAUAUCUUGGUCAAUAUGAAUGGAUACACUAAAGGAGCGCGAAAUGAAAUUUUCGCUUUGAGACCAGCCCCGGUCCAGGUAAUGUGGCUCGGGUACCCGGGAACUAGCGGGGCUAGUUACAUGGACUAUUUAGUUACUGACGCAGUGACGUCACCCGUGGAACUUGCCAGCCAAUAUAGCGAGAAACUGGCGUACAUGCCACACACGUAUUUUGUUGGCGAUCACAAGCAAAUGUUCCCACAUUUACAAGAACGUCUGAUUCUGAGCGACAAAGUUAAAUCCCACAACAAUUUGGGAAGUGUCGCGGACAAUGUUGCUGUGAUUAACGCGACCGAUUUGUCGCCCCUUGUGGAAAAUACUGACAUUAAAGAAAUAAAAGAGAUCGUGCGAGCAGCCAGACCCGUUGAAAUAUCUUUGAAAGUAGCCGAAUUGCCAACGACGACACCCAUUGAAACUAUGAUUGCAUCAGGACAAGUACAGACAUCCGUAAAUGGCGUUAUUCUUCAAAAUGGCUUAGCUACUACGCAGACGAACAACAAGGCUGCGACGGGCGAGGAAGUACCACAAUCUAUAGUGAUUACAACUCGACAACAAUACGGCUUACCGGAUGACGCCGUAGUGUACUGCAACUUCAACCAAUUGUAUAAGAUUGACCCAUUAACUCUACACAUGUGGGUGUACAUACUGAAACAUGUACCUAACAGUGUAUUAUGGUUAUUAAGAUUCCCGGCCGUAGGAGAACCCAAUUUACAGUCCACUGCCAACCAACUCGGUCUUCCGCCGGGACGGAUAAUAUUCUCAAAUGUUGCUGCCAAAGAAGAGCACGUACGACGCGGACAGUUAGCUGAUGUGUGUCUCGACACUCCGCUUUGUAAUGGACACACAACUAGUAUGGACAUCCUAUGGACUGGCACACCGGUUGUGACCCUUCCUGGAGAGACUUUGGCGUCUCGAGUGGCAGCUUCUCAAUUAAAUACUUUAGGAUGUCCCGAGCUCAUUGCCAGGACGAGACAAGAAUACCAAGACAUAGCUGUAAGACUGGGAACAGAUAGAGAAUACCUAAAAGCGAUCAGAGCAAAGGUGUGGACAGCUCGCACUGACAGUCCUCUUUUCGACUGCAAGGCGUACGCCACCGGACUUGAGAUGCUGUACAACAGAAUGUGGUCGAGGCACGCGCGAGGCGAUCGCCCUGAUCAUAUACAGGCCCUCGAGAAAUAAGUGAAUACAAUACAGUUAUGUGAAGACCGUUUUAGUGUGAAAUCAUUGCGUGGAACAUUUUGUUUAAUUCGAAAGCUAAAAACUAUCGAUAAUACUAGUUUUUCUGGCUUCAAUUAAUUUAAUCUUUGAGCGUCAAAGAAUUUAUGGGUUGUCUCAAACAAUUUUCAGAGAUCUCUUGUUCUUAAUACAGAAAUAUGUGAUACAAAGUGGAAUUAAUGGAGUUUCGAUUUAAUAUCGGUACUAAUAACAGUGCAUGCUAACAAUUUUAGUGAACUGAAUUAAUCACAUUAGUGACUGUCUUAUAGGCGAUGUUAUUAAAUGGUGAUUAUUAAUGAUGAGUUUGUUCAUUCUAAACAUUUGAACUUACAGCAUAAUAAUUUGUUUUUUGUAUUAAGACUAAUUUGUGCCUUUGCAGGGUGGGACAAUCCUAUAUUGCCAUAUACUUUUUUGUAUAACAGUGACUUGAAAGAUUUGGAAUGAAUUUAAAUGUUAAGGAAUUCAUAAACUGACAUUGAAAAGUAAGCGUUAUUUAUUAUUUCACUAGUGUUUGUUUGUCUGUAGUAACAAUAUUAUAAUAUUCAGUUUGAACCAUAGUAAACAGUUCAUAGUUAAAAAACAAGUAUUAAAAAUAUGUUAAUCCAUAUAUUUAAUUAUACUCUAAGCUUGAUUGUAUAACCAAAUACCCUUGCGUUAUGCUAUGAUUCUGUGUAUGUCGAGGUGAGUAUGGCUUAGAAAAAAAUGCAGCAAAAGUAUUUACCUUUACCAUACAGUAUUUAAAAUUAAUUGAAACUUGUUUAUCUCUAGUUAUGAACUAAUGUUAUUACACUAAGACAAAGUUCCAACAUUAAUGUAAAUUAAACAACACUAAUACUAUUUUAUGUAUUUUUAAGGAAGGAAGGAAUAGGGACACCACUUGUGGUCUAACUUAGCUGCCUCAUUCAAUGAAUUUUUUCACAACUAGAACAAGCGUUGAAGUUUAGCGCGUCAUGUUAAAUCGUGACAUAGUUAGGACUCGCGUAUAAGUUAUCGUCCCAGUUGGUAUUCGUACUCAAGUUUAGUCAUAUUUCAAUUGUGUUCACUUUCAAAUUAACCUUUUAGUUUCCCAUCCAUAUAACUAAUUAAAUAGUGUUUUAUAAAUUCCUGUAGUAUUUAAGAAAUAAAAAUCUAUUGUGAUAAACAGUCCUAUUUGUUAACAAAAA